UCCAUACCAUAUUAUUGGUCGGGUAAAUUUUGGUAAAAUGACGUUUUGCUAAUGUAAAAUGACGUCAUCGUCGGGUAAUAUGAAAUCGCCGAUCGGGUUGAAAUCAUUUAAAAGUUGUAUUCACUAUUGCAUAUAACGGGAAAAUAUCCGGUUGAAAUUAUCAAACAAAAAUACUUAUUAUUCUGGGAAUGUUUCGAAAGAACUGACUUGGACAGUCACUUUUAUUGAUUAUUUUUUAGAGAAUUAUUUAUUUGAGUGUGCAGUUUCCUUCUAUCUUUAGAAUUUUGAGCGCUUCUGUAAAUCGGAGACAAAGUAAGAACUGAGAAGUCAAUAUUUUAGGAGGAGUAUGUCAUCAAGUGUGUGUCAAUAUUCAAUGCUCUCUUGUUGAAUAUUCGCUCCUGGCUUUAAAGUAUGGCGCAAUUCAGACAUCCUCUUCAUCCUCCAUCUUUAUGACAAGUAAAAAAAUGAAUACACGAUGGGAGAAUGCUUGUAAUUUAGUCGUAAAAUGUAGCAGACCUGGGUGAGAAACAUAUCGCCUUUCAGGGCUUAUGGCGAAAGUAUUACCGCCUGAAAAAGACAACGUAAGCUUGAAUCAACUGGACGAACAUUCUGAUGCAAAUACAAGGCGUAUAUCCAGAGGUUUAUCGUCCACGAACUUGCUUUCUGUGUCCGCAACGUCAAAUGUGCGACGUUUGGUUGUCGUUUCAUCGAAAAUUCGACAACCGUCGACUUUAGAAACGGCAGCUUUGAACGGAGUUAGUUUGUUGAUCUAUCAACAGGAUUGUGAGGAUUUGCACAGUUUGCUUGUGAAAAUAAAGGACGCCUGUACGCGUACGAAGCCCGUCAGUAUAGCUUUCUUAGCCCAUGGCCAUCCUGGAAGUAUGGUUUUAUGUUCUUUGCAUGGAGAAAAGGUGCUAUCAAAGCCUUCACUUGAUGAAGAUGAAGACGUCAGAAAUUUCUUCAAGGAAGUCGGAAUGUUGAUUGAUAGAAGUGACCCAUCAUCCAGACUAGAUUUUUUAUCCUGUCCUGUCUUGCUGUCAACGGAUUGGCAAGAUGUUGUCUCUGAAUUGGAAGCCAUUUUGGAGGGAUUGAGCAUCAACAUGACAAAAGAUAUCAUGGGACCAGAAAUUUCCGGAAAGAAGCAGUCAAACUCCGAGGAUGGUGUCGGCUGUGAGCCGGGUGAUUUGUAUUUUGUAUCCGAGAAGCUGCGGAAGUGGUCUGGUGCAACACCUCGAAGUAUCAGUAAUUUCGAAAAGAUCAGAGUUGUUGGAAAAGGGGCGUAUGGCGCAGCCGUGUUAUAUCGUAAGAAAGAUGACGAUUCAUUGGUCAUAUUAAAGGAGAUCAACAUGCAUGAUCUCACAGCACAAGAAAGACAAUUUGCAACGAACGAGGCGAAGAUCAUGUCGAAAUUAAACCAUCCCAACAUCAUCAAUUGCUACGAUAGCUUCGAGGAGGAUGGCACGAUAUGGAUUGAAAUGGAAUAUGCUGACGGAGGGACUUUGGCCCAGUACCUGGCAAAGUUGGACAGCGAAAUGGAGGAAAAGGACAUCCUAAAGAUGUUUUAUGAAAUGGUGCUCGCAUUGCAAUGCAUUCACCAGCAUAAAAUAUUACACAGGGACAUGAAAACGCAGAACAUAUUUCUAACACUGGAAGGUCACGUGAAACUGGGUGAUUUUGGCAUCAGUAAGCAACUCGGUAAUACGAAAAGCAACGCGAACACAGUUCUUGGAACUCCCUACUACAUUUCUCCUGAAAUUUGCGAAGGUCGUGAUUACAACGAGAAAAGUGACAUUUGGUCGCUGGGAUGUGUCCUUUAUGAAAUGGCCAACAAACAGAAGACGUUUGAAAGUACAAAUUUACCCGCACUUGUAAAUAAAAUUGUAAAGGGUCAAUUUGCUCCCAUACGUGGAAACUACAGUCACGAUUUCAAGUCUUUGGUCCGCGAUUGUCUGCAAAUCGAACCGCAGUACCGGCCGAACGCGUCCGAACUGGUGUCGAGAGUUCACGAACUGCUUUGUCAGUUUGACGAAUGCGAUGCAAACUCUUUGGAAAACGCCCUGAAUCCACAACGGAAAGAAAAACGGCGAUCCAUAUUGUAUUAUGUUGAUUUGGGAACAAUGUCGGCUGUUUUGCCCAUCGAUCUUCCUGUAAAAAUCAAACUUGUUGAUGUGAGUGUUGGCAAGACUCACGUGUGCGUGGUAUCAUCGGAGAGUGCCGUAUAUACCUGGGGCGACAACAGCCGGGGACAGCUCGGUCACGGAGACCUGGUAUCGAGAGAUAUACCCACGCAAAUCGACGGAGUGAAAGGGAAAAAUGUUGUAACUGCUUGCUGUGGUGAUCGUUUUACUGUCCUGCUUACUGAUAAUGGCAUUGUGAUGUCAUGCGGUGACGGUGAUCACGGUUGCAUGGGCCACGGUGAUUGGUCGAGUGUUUCCCGCCCAAAGUUGGUCGAAGGUUUAUUAGCUGUAGAUACCGUUAGCUUGAGCUGUGGGCCUCAUCACGUUGCCGUUUGUGACGAUGGCAGUGUGUACACGUGGGGUUGCGGCACGGAUGGACGGUUGGGGCUUGGGGACGAAAACAACAGGAAGUCUCCUGAAAAGGUGGAGUUUGUCGACCGUGUAAAAAUCACAAAAUCGAGGUGUGGUGUGGAUGGAACGAUGUUUCUCACUGAUACUGGAACAUUGUACGCUUGUGGAAGAAAUACGAACAAUAAACUUGGUCUCAAUAAUCGACAGGGCUUUCUUGUUCAAAUGAAGAAUCUUUUGACAAAGGUUCAAGUGGAAGGACGAAACACACCGACCCCUCUCAAAGUUUUAGCGCGACACAUCGUGAUUGAUAUGUGCCUGGGUCCAACUCAUAGUUGCGUGCUCAUGGAGUCGGGACAACUACAUACGUUUGGAGAUAAUAGAUACGGUCAGUUAGGACAGGGUAACCUGAAGACUGUCGAAUCACCUGCUUGUGUUAGAUCGAUGGUUGGAAAACACGUGACGAUGAUUAAAUGUGGCGACUACUUUACAUUGACUGGUACCGACGAAGACACUAUAUAUUUCUGGGGCAGUAUGCCUGGUGUCGAUUGUGACGACGCUUUUAUUCGUAGUGCAAGUUUGAGCUCUGCUAUUUCCGAAAACAACAUAACUUCACCAAGACCCAACUCUGGGAGACAGGAUUAUGGCUCGCGUUCAAGACCUGUAUCCGGCGUCGAUCACGACUGUCUCUGGCAUCGUCGUAAGGAUGCGCUCUCGGACAGUACGAAUGUAAACCUUACCGUUGAUGGGAUACAUGGAUCUACUAGUAAUGACCGACAUCGUAGCGGAUACUUCCGAAGCUAUUCCGGAAACUACCUUCGAGAUUGCGCGCUAAGGAACGUCUUGUCCCGAUGUCGUAUAGACGGCUGUCUCCGAGUUACCAUUUCUGAGCCGUUAUCAACACCGAACCUCCUCUUUCAAUGGGAUGCGAUUAACGGGCCCAACGAAAAGGACGGCGACUACCCGGUGUUCCUUAGGAAAAUCGCCGGUUACGGUGAAAAUAUGUUUGUGCAGAUCGACACGACUGCGCCCGCGCCUCGAAGGAAGUCUAAAAGAAGAUCUUUAAAACGUGAAGAUAGUUACACGAAUCAUAGGAAGCUUACCAACGACAACAACCUCAGGAAGUUUUCCAAACAUGAAUUGAAUGACUCUGGUACAAGAAGGCAAACGGAUUCUUCGACAACAGCUGGACAGUCGAGCUCGUCUGAAAUGGAUACACUGGGCGAUGCUCCCACUUGGUUGAAAAACGAGCUGGAAAACGGUAUCCACAACGGGGAGGUCGACGACGGUAUUUCUUCCGUGGAUGAUAGUGCCGACGCUAUGAGCGAUCAUGACACCGACGAAGAAGUUUUUAUUCACACCAAAAUAGACAAGGCGGGAAAAAACAUCGCGCCCAAUGAUAACGCUUACUCCAAGUAUAGGGCAAAACCCAAGGUGCCCAUCGAGGUGAAGAAGAACAUUACGGGUUCUAACCAUAAGCAUGGUUCCUUUGAAUUGAAUGCAGAUACAAGUGUCGCAGUGCUACCUGGUCAGGUGCCUGUUAUUGGGAACCAGUCCAUGCAAUCGCGACUAGUCCGGCGGAAGCGUCCUAAAGUUUCCCUGAACUCUCAAGUCUUCUACCAACCUGGAGUGCCACGUACCAAGCACAGUGGCGUGACCGCCAGCCUCCGAGCUCCGGUCGGUGCAGACAAACUCCGGCCGUCUAGCGUGACUUCGGAGAGUGGCGUGGAGAUGACUCCCACGGAACAUCGAGGAUCGAUAGAGAGUCGGAUGAAAGCAUCUAAAGGGAGUGCGAAAAGCGUUCCAAUCAAACGAGGGUUAUCACCGAGCGAGCCACGAAAGACGCACGUAGCGCCCACGAGUGUGAAAACAUUAGAGAAACCAAGCCCACCCUCAAAUGAUGCCAGGCAACGUCCUGCAACAAGAACGUCAUCUAAUGGUUCGAUUCCUGCCAAACGACGAGUGGCUUCGCGUGAUGACAACAAGACAAAGAUGCCCGCGAUUGUGACUCCAAACUCGACUGCGCGAAAAGAGUCACGUGACAAGCAAGUCAGUCCAGCGGUGCGUGUUACAAAGUUCGCAAAGCCGAGUGACGCUUAUAUGAAAGGAUCUGUUUCCGAUAGUCAUAUAGAUUAUCAUGAAGAACUCAGAGAAGCUAGGUUACGAGAGAGAGGUCUAGUCGACGAAAUCCAGGUUUUGAAAACUGAACUGCUCAAGCAAAGCAGUCAACUUCAGGAAAACUUCCACAUCGUGAUCUCCCUGCAGGAACAGGUUGCACGACUACAGGAGGAACAAUUAAAGCAACAAGCGAAAGAAAAGCGCCAGAACAUCGCAAACCAAAGACCUGAGAUGAAUACAACACAUCGGCGUUCAACCAUGAAGAGUGCCGUGUGUUCAGUGAUGUAGGUGGAGUAAACACUGAGGAUGUGUUUGACCCUACAGACCUGGGCACGAGCUGGUCUUUUGAAUCCAAACUGCCAUAGAAUCUGAUCUUUAAGGCAAGUGAAAUGUUCUGAAAGGCAGUGUAUCCUCUUGCGACCCGAUAGAGAAGAAAGUUUAACAAAACCGAAUCAUCAGCGCUAUUAAGUAUAAUAGAGCUAUUUUUGACGAAAAUGGAUGUAAAAAAGCGAAAUACUUUUGCUAUUUGUAUUUAUAGUUCAGCUAGGCUGAAUGCGAUUUUUUGUAGAUACUAUUUGUAACUCUUUUUAACGACCAUACAAGAAUGUGUAAAAAAAUUUUCGUAAAUUCCGGCAUAGGAAACGUCUCUUUUUAGUACGACCGUACGUUUUUUUUUUUUUGUUAAUUUUUCGUUUUAGAAAAAUGUGCAUUUGAUUGCGAGUACAUAACUUCGUGUAUUUUACACGUCCUGUGCUCAUGUAUGCUGUGAUGAAGCUAUUCUUCGUGUUAAAGUGUGAAUGUCAACCAUCAUGCAAUGCGCGAGUAAUCAGCCAUUUUUCAAAGCACGAAAUUAACUGGCAAGAGUAGUAGAGAUGUAACACCGUGGUUGCCUCAAGUUCUAUUGUUCUAGUACGACGAAUUUAUCAGAAUUAAACCUAUUCAAAUUCAAAGACGACUUAGCUUGUCGUCUGUAGUGGUACUUGUACUAACAUUCCCGUAUUUUGUGCUUGAAAUCAAAAAGUCAACACAAAGCAUUCCCAACAAUUCGUUAACACCAUCUCUGACACUGUGUGAAGCACUGACUAAAACGUUUCGGCAAAACAAAGCUAAACUAUUGUAGUUUGGUUACUGUAGUAGUAUUUGAUGUAUGUGAUUCUACAAUCGUUUUACUAUUUCUUGUAAAAGAGGAUAUGUAACUGAAAUUAUCCGAGUCAUCAUGAAAUACAAUGAGAUCCCGUAUGAAAAUAAACAUAUGCGCGCAAUGCACGAUGGUUGAUACUCUUUGAAGUAAUUGGAUGAAAAUAUUCUCUAAUUGUAAAUAUAUUUUUAGAAUUACAUCAAUUGAAUUGACCGUGUA